AUGAAGCAACUUCAGUGUGACAACAUUUACUGGAAGGCGGAGGGAAUCCAGUUUAUAUUUAUUUUCCUUCCAUUAAGCCCUGGUAUUGGAGUUUGGGUCCAAAAUAAAGCAAGUCACUCGGGGGCCCCGUUUCACGGGAAGUCCCCGAGCUGGACCGUUGGCCCACACUGGGGUCCGCUCCUUCCGGGCGGGCUGCCCGGCCCCCGCGCCCGGCCCCGCGCCCGCUCACCCUGGGCCGCGCUCCCCCUCCGCCCGGCAGCUGCCGCUGGCCGCGGUCCCCGGAGCUUGGCGCGCGCUCCCCGAGCCCCGGUCGUCCUCGGAGGCCGCCCAUCCGCUCCCGGGGCUCUGAGGGGCUGCCCCGGGCCGGGUCUCCGGGGCGCGCGAAAGCAGCAGCAGAAUGACGGAGAUGACGAAAGAGCUGACGCAACGCCGCCCACCUCACAGCCGCCGGUGCUGCGGGUGGCCAUCCUGCUGUCCUACUGCUCUAUCUUGUGCAACUACAAGGCCAUCGAAAUGCCCUCGCACCAGACCUACGGAGGGAGCUGGAAAUUCCUGACUUUCAUUGAUCUGGUUAUUCAGGCUGUCUUUUUUGGCAUCUGUGUGCUGACUGAUCUUUCCAGUCUUCUGACUAGAGGAAGUGGAAGCCAAGAACAAGAGAGGCAGCUCAAGAAGCUCAUCUCUCUCCGGGACUGGAUGCUGGCUGUAUUGGCCUUUCCUGUUGGGAUUUUCGUUGUAGCGGUGUUCUGGAUCAUUUAUGCCUAUGACAGAGAGAUGAUUUACCCGAAGUUGCUUGAUAAUUUUAUCCCAGGGUGGCUGAAUCAUGGAAUGCACACGACGGUUUUGCCCUUUAUAUUAAUCGAGAUGAGAACAUCACACCAUGCGUAUCCCAGCAGGAGCAGCGGACUGGCCGCCAUAUGUACCUUCUCUGUUGGCUAUAUAUUAUGGGUGUGUUGGGUGCAUCAUGUAACGGGGAUGUGGGUGUACCCUUUCCUGGAACACAUUGGCCCAGGAGCCAGAAUCCUCUUCUUUGGGUCUACAACCAUCUUAAUGAACUUUUUGUACCUGCUGGGAGAAGUUCUGAACAGCUAUAUCUGGGAUACACAGAGAAUAAACCAUCAGAAUGUCACCAUUGGAAACCCAGACACUUGAGAGCUCCGAAGUUUUA